AUGUCGGCGAUGAUAGUGACGAGCUUGGGAAACAUAUUGAUGGAUUUAUACACAGAUCGCUGCCCCUUGACCUGCAAAAACUUUCUCAAGCUUUGCAAAUUCCUGUAUGGUGAUCAGGCUCACUUUUUCGGGGAUGAAAUUCAUUUGGAUGUAAAACAUUCAAAGACUGGUACUGUUUCCAUGGCUAGUGCUGGGGAGAAUCUUAAUGCUUCCCAGGUAUUUGGGGAGGUUGUGGAAGAUCCUCACCAACUAGCUGAGUUCAUUCCUGAAGCUUCACCAGAAGGAAAAUCAAAAGAUGAGGAGGAGGUUUCUUCAAAUGUGGUUCUCUUGAUCACGUUGCUAAAGACUGCACUGUGGAUCCCACCAUCAAGCAGCAACAUUUAA